AUGAAUAGCUUUUAUUCAAAAUAUAACGUUCCAAAUCAAUCAGAGUAGAAGUAAAACUCAUCUCCUCCUUCAUAAAUAGCUCUUAAUAAUAUUUAAGUAUGCUUUUAUUUAAUUUUAGUAAUACUUAGAAGACUACAGUCCCUCAAAUCGUAAACUAAGUUUUUAUGAAGAUAAAAGUUAAGAACUAAAGUACUCACAACACAUGUCUAGCUAGAAUAAACUAAAUCAAGAUUUUCAGUGUGAAUUUGUUAAUUGUUAAGUAAGACAUGUUAACUUAAUCUUAAUAAUAGAUGAAACAAACAUAAAUUAGUAUUGAUAUCAAAUAAAAUUAACACUUAGAGUUUUAGUCUAUUAAAGAUGAUUAACUGCUUUAAACAAAUACUAUUAUUGAAUCACCAACAAAGAUUAAUCCCGAUGAUUCACCGAAAAAAAAUAAAUUUAAGGCUUUUGGAAAUUUACUACUAAGCAUUAGAAGAUUAUAAUAAAACAUAGUUGAAUAAAUUUCAAAUGCUGUAUAUUAUAUUUAUAUAAUAAUAAAUAGGAUUAAAUCAAAGAAACUAUGAUCAAACAUUCCAAUAUGACUAAUGCGACUAAAAUUCAUCCAGAACCAUCUUCAAGAGAUGUUGAAAAUGUUAAUGAAAUUUUAUCAAAUUUGAAAUUAAUAGAUAGAUUCAUUUAUUAUUCUGAAUAAGGAUCAUUAAAAGAUAUUCAAAACAUGAAAAAAUUAUUAUAAAUCUAUCCAAAAAAGUAAAUUAUUUUUAUAUUAUAAAGACAUUUGUAUUGUCCAACUGAUCCAAAACAUAUCCUCAAUUCUUUUAAUAAAUUUGGAUAAAACUCUUUGUAUAUCUCGUGUAAAAAUGGAAAUCUAGAUGUUAUUAAAUUUUUAUUAGAUCAAUAAGCGAAUCCAUUUAUUAAAAGUAAAGUUUAUGAUAACUUUUACGAAUCUCCUUUAGAAGUCUCAAUAAGAUGGAAUCAUUUCAAUUGUGUUUAAUUAUUACUAGAAAAAUCAAAUUAUUCAAAUAAAGAAUUAAAAGCAGCUGCUCAAUAAACAAAUAAUCCCUAAAUCAAAUAACUUAUUAAAUAAAAUCUCAAAUCAGAUACUCUAUGCUGUUUUUGA